AUGCCCGAGGGUAAAGACGACAUCGAGGAGCUGGCUCCCGUUCCGUCGCAAAUCGGCGAGGUCCACAAUGACCCGAACUACGCCCACGACGCCGUGUUUGGCGAGAUCACGGAGGAUGGUCCUAACUACCGCAAUGUAGGGUGGCUGGGAACAGUUGCUCUCAUGAUGAAGUCCCAGAUCGGUCUGGGAGUCCUUUCCAUACCGGCUGCUUUCGAUGUCCUGGGCCUAGUCCCCGGCGUGAUCUGCCUGUGUGUGGUUUCUGCCAUCACGACCUGGUCUGACUACAUCAUUGGUGUCUUCAAACUUCGCCAUCGGGAGGUCUAUGGGAUCGACGAUGCCGGCAUGUUGAUGUUCGGUCGGCUAGGCCGUGACUUUCUGGGAUUCGCGUUCUGUCUUUAUUGGACCUUCGUCGCCGGGUCUGGCAUGCUCAGUAUUUCCAUCGGCUUGAACGCUGUGUCCACCCACGGCGCAUGCACGGCUGUUUUCGUCGUCGUGGCUGCUAUUCUAGGGUUCAUGCUCUCGAGUAUUCAGACGCUGGGCCGCAUCACCUGGCUAGCGUGGGUUGGACUGGUCUGCAUCCUGACUGCGAUUUUCAUCGUGACAAUCUCCGUCAGCGUCCAAGAUCGUCCCGCGUCGGCACCGCAAGAAGGCGUCUGGGUCUCGGACUUCAAGGUAGUCAAUAACCCAAACUUCACGCAGGCCGUCACGGCCAUGCGCGACCCACGACUGUACACCCGAUCCCUACUGAUCUGCCAAUCGGGCGUGACCGCUGUCUACAUUGUCAUUGGCUGCGUGCUCUACUACUACUGCGGAUCCUAUGUUGCUUCGCCUGCCCUCGGCUCGGCUGGUACGCUCAUGAAGAAGAUCAGCUAUGGGCUUGCGCUUCCGGGGCUUGCAGUGACUACAACCCUGGUCAUUCAUUUGCCAGCAAAAUACAUCUUCGUCCGUGCCCUCCGCGGAUCCAGACACCUCGCCUCCAACACAAUCAUCCACUGGGCCGCCUGGCUCGGCUGCACCUUCGGCAUCGCCCUGAUUGCGUACAUUAUUGCGAGCGCCAUUCCCGUCUUUGACGGCCUGGUCUCGUUAGUUGGGGCUUUGCUGGGCACUCUGAUGUCGUUCCAGCCCAUGGGUUGUAUGUGGUUGUAUGACAACUGGAGCAGCGGCAAGCCUGCGAAAACACCAAAGUGGAUAUUCCUGGUGGGAUGGAGUGUUUUUGUUAUUGCUAUUGGCACUUUUAUGAUGGUUGCUGGUACCUAUGGGUCUGUUGUGGGGAUUAUGGAUACGUAUAAGGCGUCUGGGGGUUCGGCUGCUUGGUCUUGUGCUGAUAACUCGAACUCUGUAUGA